CAAAUAGUUUCGGCUCGCCUAGUCAACUUCAGUUACACGGCUGCGUCAAAAGUUUCUGGUAUGAAGAUGAGGACUCUUCUUUUUGUGGUUAUUCUUGGACUUCUUGCUGUUGUCCACUCAACACCUGUUAAUACUGUGACCCAGCUCCCCGCCAAAGCUGAGGAUGAAGUCUUUAGAGAAGCCGUGACGGACGGCUUCCUCGUCGAUAACUUUUUAAGCACUACAAGCGCACUCGAAUCACCCGAAACAAACACAACCGUUCAGGCGUCCCAGCAGCCGACCUCUGACUCCAAAGAGAGCGACGCGAUUGAGGGCAGUGAAUCGGAGGCCAGCGACAAGUCCACGACCCCCGUGUCCCUCCAGUUUGGAACCACAACUGUUUCACAUGCUCUGAGCUCUGCCUCCACAGUGUUGCCAAGGGACACUGACGACUCCAGUUCAGAUUCAUCCACCACCCAAAGCCCUCAGUCUAGCUUGGCCUCAGUGCCGAAAGAAGCCCAGCCAAGCGUCACCCCGGACCACAUCUCGGCCUCUCAAACCACUGACCCCGCUGUCUCCACCUUUGACUUCCUGAACACCCUGAGUUCUGACUCAGGGUCUGGAUUUCAAUCGAAUGACGUGUACUUCACUACUACUAUGAGUUCCAGUAUGAUCUCCAGCUCCAACACAGAAACUAGCACCACAUCAUCAACCUCCACGGCUGCUUUGAUCAGACGAAAGGUUCCAGAAUUUUUGGCAAGAAGCGAAGGCUCAGGCUCAGGAUCAGAGGAAGAACCCACAUUACUCGGUGAAGAGGAAAUGGAUUCUAUAAAGAAAAAAGGGCGAAUGCCGAAUUUUUUCAAUGAUGUUCAAGCAAGCCAAGAAAAAGCAGAGCACAUUAAGCCGGCACCCAUCAAAGCAGGCGGUACACCAGGAUGGAUGAUCAUCAUUGGUUUUAUUGUCGGUCUUGCAGCACUGGUAAUGCUCUUCGUCGCCAUCGCCACAAGAGACAAGUGGAAUGGACCGAGCCAGGCAUCCCAGGGCGAGGACAAAUCAAACUCCUCAAACCAGCAGAGGGAGCUGGAGAUGGAGACGUUCCUGCACAAAGACAAUCCCAAGGAGAACGGACACACGGGAGAGUACACAGUCGUCCCCCUAGAAGAGCUUUCAGAGAAACAUUCAUCACACUGAGGUUCAGAAACAUGACCCUCUGGAGGCAUGAGACUCAUCACAGAACCACAAGACUGUGUAUGAAGCAUAUUUGAUCAGAACAAACCUGUCGGGGCUGUUGAGCAAAAAGGUUUCUGCGGACUUUCACAGCUCUGAGCCCAGUCCCCAAAACUCUUAUCAUAUCUUUACAUUGAAACAACAAUAUUCUGGUUGAUGCUUUUAUUGUAUUGUAUUAACUGUAUUAACUGGUCGGGUAAGUUCCACAAAUGCCCUUUAUUUCAAGUCUUUACUGUGUUUUUCUUGUAAAUAUUGUUUUUAACUUACAGGUCUGUUAAUGGAUGGACACAAGGAAAAGUAUGUGUCCAGCAUGGUGAAUUUUUUUUUUUUUUGUGAAGUGUCCUUAUCAUGAAUAAUAUUUGAAAUCGUUUUGUAAUAAAGUGAUGUGCUGUGGAUUGCAACUUAUAUUAAGCUGUUCUGUUGUUUCCCCCACAUUUUAUUAAAGAAGCUGUGUACUGAACAGUGCUCAGAUAACU